AUGUUUAGUUCCACAUGGAUCUCUUCUGCUUCUGCUUCUUCUUCCUCUACUGCUGCAACUUCCCCGCCUAUUCCAGACGUGUAUGAACUAACAGAAGAAUACGGAGAAGAUGCUGCAGCUAAAAUAAGUCGCAUAUUACAAGCUCUCGAGACUGCAGGGUUCCUGAAGGCGCAUGUAAACUCGUAUCGUGCCUUUGACCGCAUACUAAGUGGUAUGACGUGGCUAAUACAUCGAAUUGUACGUCGAGAAUAUGCUGAGAGAGGAAGAAUACAAUGGAAUGUCUUGUAUCAGUCUUAUGAGAAGAUGAAACCUCGUCUAGGCUUUGCUCAAGAGGUUGUGCGCUGUAUCGAAGCUCUUGAUGCGGUCUGUCCUGUAACAAUACAGCCACAUCAGUUGCUACUUCAGGACUUUGGUGAUAUUGAAACAGUUGAGAAACUUGUCGUGUGGUUGAUAAAUGAGGGACAAAACCCACAUCAUCUUGAGAAAAUCCAGCGUGAGAGAAUGUAUGUACAUAUGAUCAACAUACAACAGCACAGAGAACGUGUCACACCAAUAAAGAAAGAAGUGGCAUUUCUAUUGCAUACGUAUGCACCAAAAAGACGGUGGCAAUAUAUUCAAACAGGAGACGAGAAACAAGACGAAUCAGAAGAUGCAUUGAUUCAACGAUGUUUAUUGGAAUAUGGAGAACGAAUGACUGUUGCAAUUCAUGACGAUCAAGAAGUGAUAACGAUGGAGAGACAAGAGGAAGGCAAGGAUGUAGUGGAUUGUAUGGCACAGAUUGCUAGUCAAGCUGCAGCAAUUGCAUCAGGUGAAAUCUCCAAACCACGACGAGCAAGUAUGAAAGGAUUGAGGAGAAGAACUAUACAGAAUGAUCUAGCAGCUACAGAUUUUGAUCAGCAAUUCCAAAAGGCGAGGAAACAAGCGAUAGAGAUGCAACGGGAUUUAGUGAAUCAACGGCGUGAGCGUGAGGUCGAGUUCUUGCAACGAGUUGUUUCUGCGCCAGAGGUAAAGCAGGAUAAUACAGAUGGACGUAUAGGAUCAAGCAUGCAAUCUCCGCUUGACGUGGUAAGAGUACAGUUGCAGGAACACGAGGUGCAAGUACAGACACUGAUCAAAGAAAAAAGAAUGUUGGAUGCUAAGACAAAGGACAGUCGUGUAAGAGCAACGGCGCUUGACGAAGCACUCGAUGCUGUCAAGCUGGAGAUAAAGGAAGUGGAAGCGCAAACACCAAAAGAUACGACCAACCAAGAAUAUGUGGCAAAGCUGCACGAGCUACUGCAAAAGAAGGAGGAGCUUAAGCGUGAGAAAAAUGAAUUUCGAGCGAAAUGUCGACUCGAGGUGGAAACGUUGAAGGAGCGCAUUGAAAAGUUGAAGCUGCAGGUGGCAGAUGACGCGAACGAAGAUACAUUGCGUUUGAAUGAGAUCGAGCAUAUGCAUGCUCAAAUGGCCCAGAAAUACAAGGAUAUGAAGCUUGCAGCUGCCAAACAGACGCGUGCAGUGCACCUGAAGAUGAAGCAAAUUGAUGAAAUUCCCGCCCGCAUUGAACUGGUGCAGUACGAGAAGCGGUUCGUGGAGCUUUAUGAUGAAGUGGCAUUGACGCUAGAUGAAACGCGAAAAUACUACUGCAUUUAUAACACGAUUAAGACCACUCACGAAUUCUUGGAGAAGGAGAUCUCACUGAUCAACAGUAUCAGCGAGAACUUUGACACCGCGAUGAGCUCCAAGACCGCAACACAAGCAUUCUUUAUGCAGAUUGAAAAUAUUAUUCAGAGCGUGCGAGGCACACUUUCCAAGCAGCAAGCUGUACGAGACGACCACCAAUUCAGCCUGGAAACGCUGGAAAGUAAAUACAAGUUAUUGCUAGAACACGAGCGGAAAUACGUAAACGCAAUUUGCGAGUUUCAGAAGGAAUGCGAGAAGAAUGAAAAGCUGCUUAUCCGUCUUCAAGAACUGGUAGAAUACUAA